UAAAAACAGGAGAUAAUAAUUAUAUAAUAUUUUUAAGUAUUAAAGAUAUUGUUACCUUACAAUACUUAUUUCCACUUGUUCACAUAUAAGUUUGUAGCAUGACCUCAGUAGUGCAUUGUUAUGAUGAAUGAAGAAUGGCGGACGUUGUCAUUUUACGAUAUUUGUUCACAUUUCUAUUGAUAAAUGCUUGUUACGCGGGUCUACCCGGUUUGGAAGAGGAUGGAGUGUCGGGCAGCACUCAGGGGCCUGACAAUCAGCUACUGGAUGACCCUAUCUCCAUACAAAAGAUGAUGGUACAGCAACCCAGGAGGAAGAAGUUUCAAAAAAGAUAUAAGUGCCAUCAAUGCGAGGAGCCGGAGUGCGGCUCGGGCCCGCACGAGGUGUGCCACGAGGCGCUGUACUGCUUCAAGUCGUCGGUGCGGGACUCGGACGGGGAGCUGCGGUACACCAGGGGGUGCUCCACGCAGACCGCGCACUACCAGUUCACUUGUAGGACUAAUACGCCGCAGCAGAGCCUCCGCAAGCGUCACGCGGGCUUCCACAACGUGACGUGCUGCCAGGGCGACCUGUGCAACGCGGGCAAGUUCCCCGAGCUGCCGCCGCUGCCCGACACCGCCAUCGAGCCGCUGCCCAGCAACGCCUGGAAGCUGUGGGCCAGCGUGGCCGCCUCCGUGCUCAUCGUCAGCGCUAUCGGCGCCAUGGCUAUAUUUGUGCUGCGAAGGAGUCACAGGUUACGUGUAUCUCGCGCGGCGCUGCACAAGUUGGGCGCCGACUCCAACUACUUCUCGUCCAAUAUGUACAGUCCACAUGUCACCAGUGCCUACUAUGAAGGUAUGGAAGGCUCCCAAACCGGAGUAGGAGUGCGAGCGACAGCGGCCGGGGACUCGACGCUGCGGGAGUACCUGGAGUGCUCGGUGACGAGCGGCUCGGGCUCCGGCUUGCCGCUCAUGGUGCAGAGGACCCUCGCCAAGCAGGUCUCGCUGUGCCACUGUGUUGGGAAGGGUCGUUACGGCGAGGUGUGGCGCGGGUCGUGGUACGCGGACAGCGUGGCGGUGAAGAUCUUCUUCUCGCGCGACGAGGCCAGCUGGCGCCGCGAGACCGAGAUAUACUCCACCGUGCUGCUCAGACAUGAUAAUAUACUGGCUUAUAUUGGCAGCGAUAUGACCAGUCGGGGUAGUUGUACGCAGUUAUGGCUGAUCACCCACUUCCAUCCACUGGGCUCUCUGUACGAGCACUUGAACAGGACGACGUUAACACGUAAUCAGAUGAUGGCCAUCUGUCUGUCGGCCGUCAACGGGCUACUGCAUCUGCACACUGAGAUACAUGGCACACAGGGCAAGCCGGCCAUAGCUCACCGGGACAUCAAAAGCAAGAACAUCCUAGUGAAAGUGAACGGCGACGUGUGUAUAGCAGACCUGGGGCUGGCCGUGACCCGGGCACACGUGGCGGCCGGCGUCUCGCACAACCCGCGGCAGGGCACCAAGCGGUACAUGAGCCCAGAGAUGCUGGACCAGAGCAUAAACACGCAAUGCUUCGAGUCGUUCCUGAAGUGCGACAUCUACGCGCUCGGGCUCGUGCUGUGGGAGUGCUGCCGCCGCGUGGCGCCCGCGCCCGAGUACCGCCCGCCCUACUACGAGCUCGCUGCACCUGAUCCCAGCUUCGACGAUAUGAGGAAGAUCGUCUGUGUUGAUGCUGCUAGGCCCGAGCCGCCUGAUGAUCCGCAUCCCACGAUGGUAGGCAUGGCAGCACUGAUGCGCGAGUGCUGGCACCAGAACCCGUCGGUGCGUCUGCCGGCGCUGCGCAUCAAGAAGACGCUGCUCAAGCUCGCCGCCAACGACAACAGCAUACGCCUCAACGAGGACAACGAGGUCUCCGUCUAACUCCUGCCAUGUUUCAGGAACUUCUAGAAAGAAUCCAGAAAGUUUCAGAAUAAGAAUGAAACGCCAAGAUGGUCUUUGCACUAGAUUCUUAUUUUGUGUGACACAAAUGUAAACGGUAAGAAAUUGUGUGCAAACAUUUUCAAAAUGUCCGUGAAAUACAGACAGGCAAGCUCGCGCUGUUAUAACUAACUUCUCGAUACCUAUUUCAAAAUAUAGAAUGUGGUGUAAUAAUAAAAAUCUAAUAAUUUAUGAAACAGCCUAAAUGUGAAACAGGAACUUUCUGGAACAACAAAGCCUUGGUAAUUAGUUUGGUGAAACUCUGUGUGAUAGGAAAGACUAUUUUCUUAGACUUAAUUUGCUGUUUUGGCUUGACAAAUCUUCAUAAAAUUUUUGAUUAGUGUCAUUCGGCUUGUCAAAUCUUGAUUGAAUUUUGGAUUAUUGUUAUAUUUGUUAAUUCUGUUAUCAAGAAUUAUGCUUUGGAAAUAACAACAUUUUGUUGUCUUAUCUUAUGUUCAAACCACAACAGAUAUGAUUCAGCAGUUUCAAAGUAAUGAACACACAGACAGUUGAAGCGUAUGUCCACGAUAGCUUUACUUAAAGGUAAACAUAAUGCUUAUUAUUUAUAGCAUAGUAUCGAGUUAAUGAGACUUCUGCGUCGGCAGUCAUAGAAUACUAAAACGUAGUGGUUUAUACAAGGGACUUGAUAUUAUAUGGGGAAACAAAAUCAAAAAUAGUUUAUUCAGGUAGACUGAAAAACAGCACUUUUCAAAAGUCAAAACUACAUGAGAAUAUAUACCUACGUACUUAUAAUUAUGUAAUUGAUAAUGUGCUUCAGGCAUGCACAGACCGGCAAAAAGUGAGAAACUAAUCUCCUCACGGCACCUGUGGGCUCCUGGUUGAUAAACCAUAACCUUAAUUCGGAUGUUUUUCUUUAUAAUAAAUUGCAUUAAUGACAUAGCAAUAAUUUAAAAUCACUCCUAAAACCUAAAACUUGCUUAAUUUUGAAUGCUCUUUAUAAAAUAAUUCCUCAUACAAUAUCAAGUCUCUAAUUAGUUACUUAAUCUUGAAGUGCCGAAUAGUAUUUGUAAUUAGAUGUAAAUGUAAAAAUAUAUAAUAAUACUGUAAAUAUUAUAAUUUUGUAAGUUUUUUUUACUCAUAAUAAUUAAUUUUAUUGCUGUGGACUUUGAUAUGUUUGUUCUGAAUCUCGUUUAUUAUUUUAAUUUUGAAUUUUCCAUCCGUUUUAUAAUAUUAAAAGACCUGUCUAGAUUAUAAUACUUAUAUCAAUUUGAAUAUAAUAAAGUUAUGUUAUUACAACCACAAUUUAAGUAAACAAAUUAUAUCAAAAUCCACAGAUUUUACUAAUGUUCUAAUAUACCAAACGCCACUUCUAAAUACUUACGUUUUUCUCUAGCCAUAAAAUCAUGACAAAACGACAAACAUACAUUACAUUUGACUGUAGUUUGGAGUAUUAGAACAUUACACUACAUCCGACGUAGUUUUGCGCGUCUGAAGUUAGCUGUUGACCUGCGCAGUAGAUAAACUAGUUCGUAGAAUGUCCACUGCGCAGCGUAACAGCCAACUUCACACUCGCAAAGAUACGUCAAUCGUAUUUUAUUCUAAGUUUAGCAAAAUUCGGCGAUAGUUCGCUUCGAGCCGACGAUGGCUUUAACAAAAUUGAGUUGCCAUAUCAUAUAUGUAUUGUAAACACCGAGUUAUUUAGCAUUUGUCUAUAUAUAAGUUAUUGUAGUUCAUUGUGUGACUACUUUAUAUAAAUUGUUGGUUAAAUAACAAAAUUAUUGCACUUGUAAAUGUUGUUCAAGAAAAUAAACUUUACACUAGUGGUUUUAGGGAAACAAUUAUUUUUAAACUUAAAAAAUUAGCAUUUUGUUGAAAAUUUUAAACUUCAAAAGUAUUUGAACGACAUUUACGAGCUAAAGAAAGCUUUAUGAAAAGAAAAAUUCUAAGAAUCUCUUGUUUGUAUGAUAGAGAAGAAAGUUAACAAUAACUCACUCGUUGACGUACACUGUAGUUGUAAUGAAGUUAGUUUGUAAGUUUGUACCGCUCAGUUAUAAGUAUGGGAUGAUUCAUCUGUGAAUACAAGCGUGGUUUAACAAGUGACUGAGACAUUGCGGAAUCUGUACGAUUAUAUUAUUACUUUACGAUUAAAAAAGUGCAGGUGUAAUUUAUGUUUCCUUCUAUAUAUUUUUUCUUCAAACUCAAAUAACUUAGGCCAUUAGUGCUGGUAAAACAGCACUUAUGAAUGUCAAAAGAGAAACAAGUUGAUUGUGAAUAGACAGUAGACACAAUAUUACAAGCUUUUACAUUCUAUUCCUGUCGUUUUCAGAGUAAAAUUGACGAUUUAGACAUUGCCAUAUAAAAUAAGAUUUUACUGCGGACGGCGGAGAAAGUGCGUCCAAUUAAAAGUGCCACUUUUACCGUGAUAUCUUAAAGCCACGUUUACUUCAUACAUUUUAUCUUUCGAUGCUUAUAACUGAGCGGUUUGUAUGUUAAGGUUUACAGAAACAGGCAUUUAAUUCCGUUCCUUUACGAAAUACUCAAAAAGACAAUAAGUAUCCAGUGUUAGAGCUAUCCAUGGUUUUGGUCAAAAAAUAUGAAAAUUGAUGGCUUUAAUACUUUCAGUUUUUUAUUUCAAAUUGUAUAAUUUCAGUAGAAUUGCAGUUUUUAAAAUAUGCCAUAAAUAAAGUCAAAAAUAAUAAAAUUUGUCUCUUGCAAUCUACUGAAAUUGUUCAAUAAACCUGUAAUAUAACUCAAGGAUUUAUUUCAGAAAACGUACAGAUAUUUAUUUGUAUUUAGAUAAAAGUUUAUUUUACAGAAGUAAGUAGAUUGUACCAGUUGAGAGUUCUGUGCGAAUAUUGUGUUCAGUUAUUGUAAAUAUGUAGCGUUAACUAAGCCUUAUGAUAGAUAGACGCGACGCGUCACAGUUAUGAAGAGAAAUACAUAUUUGUCUAUUA